GAUAAACGCCUGGAUGCGGGAUAUUUUGCGAGUCCAGUUGGGAAUUGUUGAUGCUGUGAUUAUUGCCAUUAUGGUGCGGGUGAGGAUGGUGUUGUUGUUGAGAUGGCAUGUCCUGGCCCAGGAUAUAUUGGAAGUCUAGCUGGCCGUCCUGUAAGGGGUACGAGUAGCUGAGAGGAAGCGAGUCUGAGAAAACGUUGCAAGGAGAGUCUUGGUAGGGGCUAUAAUACAGGUUUUGUUGUCCAUUAAUUGAUACAGGCAUGUUUGAACCGAGGCCGUUGUGGAAAUGAGCGAUGUCGAGGUCGUGAUUGGGGGCGUCAGCUGAGUGCGAAGUGUCAUGGCUAUUGUGGUUGAGCAUAUGGUGGUGUGUUUCGAGCAUGUUGUCGUCUGAGGGAAGGGAUGUGUCGAGGAGAUUGCGCAUGGCCGGCAGCGACGACGUCGGGGACGGUGGUGGUGGAGAAAGAAGGAUAAUACUUCCGAGUGCUAUCCUCAUCUCUCAGUCCCUCUCUUUCACCGAAAAGCCAUGUCAUCCCACCCUGGUCCAGAUGCUGGAGGCUCUCGCGGACUCCAACCAGAAUCAGAAUCCUCGGCCCACCGCAACGUUAACUCUUCCUCUCCAUCCCUCCCCGAGAUCCCUACCGCAGAGGACCUUUCUAUUUCGUUAGACUCUAUCAUAGGUCCCUCUGAUAAUUCGACAAGCCAGUCCGAUCCUCAAGCGGAGAAGGUACAGAAACGAGCGAGCAACGUCAUGAAACUCGCCCAGGAGAACGAGAAGCUGAAAGAGGAACUCAAAGCCAUGACUGCCCGCCUCGAGGCUGCGGAGAGGAAGCGGAAGGAGCUAGCCGCACAGUCAUCUUCGGAGCAGUCAGGCGCGAACAAGUCUUGAGCUUGAGCGUUGACGCGCGUCUUUGCGUUCAGAGUCCAUGCCCAUGUGCAACCCGUCUAAAUGUUAUACCCAUCGUCGCAACCCUUAUUUAAGUUGAGGGCGCGUCUAGACGCUCUUACAUUCUGGCAGCCAUAUGCUUGUAG